AUGACAUUUUGCUCUAAGAAGUGUAUACAGUCUGACUUGGAACGAGAGUGCAACACGUCGACAGGGUUUCUCCUCACACGCACGAACCAGCCCCUCAACUCAACCUUCAAGUACUUCCAUGGAGGGAAGAGGAGGCUCAUGACACCCGAGCUGUGGGAGAAAAUGCCAGAGGACGUUCCUUUUGCCCGGAAGCGCCUGAAACGCUGCAGCAUUGUGGGUAGUAGCACAAUUCUUAUCAACAGCAGCUGUGGAGAAUUCAUAGAUUCAUCAGACCUUAUAGUAAGGUUCAACUUUGCCCCAAUGAAGGAAGCGUUGGCCGGCGACAUCGGUAGGAGAACAACACUCAUGGUCGCCAACGGGGAUUCCAUUAGACACAAAUUUGGAACCAAGGUUUCAGCCAAACGAUUUGUCCAUGCAGUGAUGUCGUACGGCUCAGACUACAGUCUACUGGUCAACCCUUUCUCGUCCCAAACUCAUACUUCGCACUCUUUACUCGUUCAAGAUAGACUCCGUACCCGUACCAACCACAGCGUGUACCACCUGCACCCCGCCUGGCUCGGGCGGACCAACAAGUUCUGGCAGAGGAGGAGGGUUUUCGGGAAGGACAAGUCGACAGGUUUUAAGAUCGCCAGCGCGGCGUUGGUCUUCUGUGACGAGGUCCAUCUGUUAGGAUUCUGGCCUUAUUUGGUCGAUCUGCAGGGCCGCAAGAUCCCGUUCCACUACUACGAGAAGGGCAAGCACGGGUUCUCGCAGAGAUGGCACAACAUGGACUCGGAGUUCCGCCGGUUGUUUCGUCUGUUUGGCGAGGGGAUCAUCAACAUAGUAGCAGGGAAAUGCAAGAAGAGAUAG